AUGCAAGUGAGGGAUCCUUGUCAUGCCCGCCACCGGCAGUCCCAGCUCGAGCAAGACUUGCUCUUUCAGAAGAAUCUCUCCACCCUGGUACAGUCGCUGCCUUUUCCUGUGAUCCUGGAUACGAGCUCUUUGGCCACGAAUGUGGCAUAUCGGAAGCCGAUUAGUCACAGUAGCAAUGCUCCUGGCGGAGGCGGGAGUUUGACGACGGACGGCGACUCAUCGCCUGUCCAUGAUGGUGGUCCGUGUUUCAUGACUAGGGCUGAGUCCUCUCCAUGGUGGAGAGUGGACCUCGUCAGGCCUUACAGCGUCCGAGUCGUUCGGAUCUCUACCACAGCCGGAGAAGAGUUGCCGGCUCUGCAUGACCUGGAGAUCCGAGUUGGGAACCACAGUCGGGUUCGAGAUAAUUCGCUUUGCGCCUGGCAUCCUGGGGAACUGAGUAAGUGCUGUCAAUUCGAGUUGAAGAUGAAGGGCAGGAGGGGGGAGAAACAGGGGAAGCAGAUCCAUGAGGGCUUCUUGAAGCCUGAGGAGAUUCCGCGAGAUGAACGAGUAGAGAGAAAUCCAAUUCAGCUUAUUAAAUCAGGGGUCUCAAAUUUCGUCUGUGCACGCCCAAUGGUAGGGAGAUAUGUCUUCAUCCAGAUGACCGGUGCAGAUGGACAGCUGAUACUAUGUGAGGUGGAAGUCUUCACCACUGAGGAGUUUUCAGCCGAGUCGUGCUCCUCGAACUCGGACAGCCAUGCAGUCGUCUUCAAUCAGACAUGCUACGACUUUCAAGUCUCCAAGAAAGGGACCUUUGAUACCGCCCGGAAGGAAUGCAACGACUCUGGAGGGGAUCUCAUCUACAAAUUCAAUGAGAUCACUUUUGAUUUUGUCAAGUCAGAAUUGGAAAGGAUCAAGAAUCAACUCCAGAACAAGCUCAUCUGGAUUGGAGCACAGAAAGACCCUGGUUUUAUAUCACGGACUUGGAGAUGGGUCACGACUCGGGAAGAGAUCGCGGAACCCAUGUGGGGGCGUGCUCAACCGAACAACUACAACGGGGAACAAAACUGCGUGGUUUUAGAUGGGAAUCACGCUUGGCUUUGGAAUGAUGUGGGUUGCAAUCUCGACUAUCUUCACUGGAUCUGUCAACUGAAUCCAACUGAUUGUGGAAGCCCAGAGAGGAGGGAGAAUACGACAGUGGACAGCACAAACUACUCGGUCGGUUCAGUCAUCACGUACCAGUGUCCGCAGGACAGCAAAGUCGUUGGCGAUCGCCAGCGCAAGUGCCUUCCGUCGGGGAUGUGGAGUGGUUUUGCGCCAACGUGCCAAUUUGUGGACUGUGGUCCCCUGGGCACCAUCGAGAACGGCGUCGUGACUCUCAUCGAAGAUCGCACCACCUAUAAUGCCACAGCUCAUUAUUUCUGUUCCGAGAACCACACACUGAGUGGGGAAGAGACUCGACAUUGUCAAGCAGAUGGGACUUGGAGUGGAAAGGAUCCGCGCUGUCUCUAUAAAUGGUGCCCGCCUUUGGAUGCUCCGGCUAAUGGGACGGUGGAAAUCCCAAGUUUUGAAGCAGGCUCAGUGGCUCGAUUCAAAUGCCCACCAGGCCACAUUUUGAUAGGACAAGAUUCAGCCACAUACUGUGGAGUGCCACCACCCUUGAAUGAAGGUGUGCGGCAGCUUCUCAACGGAAGCACAAAUGUCGGUUCCAUUGUGGAAUAUCAGUGCCAGGAGGAUUAUUGGCUCGUAGGUCCUCAGAGACGUGUUUGUCUAGCCUCCAGUCUGUGGAGUGACUCUGCACCCUAUUGCAAAUUGAUCACAUGUGGGGAACCAGAAGUCCCACCAGGUGCCAUCGUCACAGGGCCAAAUUUCAACGUGAACUCUAUCAUUUUGUACUCCUGUGAACCUGGGAAUUUUCUGGUUGGACGAAGUGAACGGAUUUGCACUCACGAGGGAAAGUGGUCUGGGGACGCUUCCUAUUGUGAAUUUGUGGACUGUGGUAGGAUCCAGCCGAUUCUCAAGGGGACCAUAUCGUAUUUGAAUGAGACAACAUUCUUGGGAAGUGUUGUCCAGUACACCUGCAGCAGAAAUUAUCGCCUGCUAGGGCAGAGCCAACGUGUCUGUCCUCGAGAUGGACACUGGAGUGGAGAUGCUCCUACCUGUGAAGAGAUCCGAUGUGGGGAACCAGAAAGACCACAGAAUUCAGUAGUGAACAUACGUGGGAACGAUCGAACGAAGAACGUCGUCCGUUCCAGGGCAACUGCCUCUGGCCCUGGGGGACAGGGAAAUCUCCCACUUGUCACAUAUCGAAUUGGUGCUACUGUGACAUAUGCUUGUGAAGCUGGAUACAAGGUUGAAGGUCGACUCAUCCGGCAGUGUGAAAACACAGGGCUCUGGACAGGGGAACCUCCUACUUGUAUCUAUGUGGACUGUGGAGCACCUGAGAGGAUUGAAAACGGAGGAUUCACACUACCUCAGAAUGCUACUUACUAUAGUGCUACUGCUCUCUACUUCUGCAAUGAAAACUUCAGGCUAGUUGGAAAAGAGACCCGCAAGUGUGAAGGGAAUGGGACUUGGAGUGAUGACCUUCCUUCUUGUUCAGAAAUUCUUUGCAGAGAGCCAGAAAGGACAGAGACAAUAUUCAAUGUGGUUGUGGAUGGUUAUGAUGUUGGAGGCCAAGCAACCUAUUCCUGUGCCACUGGACAAAUGAUGAAGGGAUCUGCAACUCGAACAUGCCAGGCAACUGGAGUUUGGAGUGGUCUGCCUCCUCACUGCGAAUGGGUGGAUUGCGGAGACCCGGGAAAAGUUGAAAAUGGGCGUGUAUAUCAGAUUAACCAGUCCACCAUCUACAACAGUGUUGUGGAAUACAGUUGCUUCCCUAAAUAUCGUCUCAAGGGAGUUUUCUCUCGACGUUGCACUGCAGAAGGCUCAUGGGAAGAUUCAGCCCCUACCUGUGAAUUGGAAGAGGUUCCAUAUGACAUUCUUGGAGACAACACUAUUGAAGGAGCCCAGAAUGUCCCAGCUGGCCGGAGUGGAGGUGGAGACACGCGAAGAGCUGGAGGGCCAAAGAAUGAGACUCCUAAUGGAGCUGUGAUGAAGAGGCCUGGAGAAGAGCCCCCGAACCCAAAUGUGAUGUCUUUUGCCACAUUCCGUGAAUCCCAAAGACCUAACAUCCACGACGAUGGAGAUGAUGAUGGAGGUUACGAUGUGGUGAAUGAAGGGGAUUCACCCUACCCAGUGACUAAUGGUCACACAAGGCAGACGGGAGGUUACUCAAAUUCCAGCUACUCAGCAUCUCCGCCGUCGACAGCAAGCUUUCAUGGCUCAUCUGGUGGCACAGUCACUAUCAACGGCGUGGCCCUGAGAUGAACCCGAAAAUUCGGGGAUUCGGACGUGAAAUCUGUGAUCUAGUGAAGCCGUGCCUGUUUGCCUUCGUGCAGAGCAGGGGUAAAAAGGCAGCUGUGAUUCUUGAGAGCAUCUUAGGGUGCAUCUCUUCUUUGUGAGACUCCCAUGGUGUACGCAAAUACAAUGCAACUACAAGGAGAUCGGAACUCUUAUCGCGUGAUGACAACUGGUCCCUUUAGUUUGUUACGCUUAGGUGACGAUAUGACAGCUGGUUUGAAGAUCUUCCCUGACACGAGUCAAAUCAGUAAAGAGAAAAUUUUACUUGACAA